AGGCCCACAUCGACACGAGCUGCUGGAGCCGGAGGAUCUAGCAACACAAUGUUGAAACUGUACACUGACAGUGGAGAGGCCGGUUUGAAAGUUGAUCCCUUCGUCGUCAUUGUCCUCUCCCUUUCCUUCAUUGCCUCUAUUUUCUUCCUCCACAUUGCCGCCAAAAUCGUCAGAUCAUUCUCUAGCUAA